AGCUAUUGGAGUUGUAAAUACUGCUGAUAAAGCAUCUGUGAGGGACGAUGACGACUGAUUCGCUAGACACCAAGGAAGUGCUCCUUGUGCGAUGCUUAGCUGCACAUUUGAAAGAUGAUUUGAGCGUUGAAAAUUGCUCAGAAGCUGCCCUUUUCAAGUUGUUUGAAUCGUUCUCGAUCAGAAUGGACAACAUGUUGAGCGAUAUACGCCAGUUGAUAACAAUCCAGCGUCGUCAGAAGAGAGUCAGUGUACUAGAUUUGAAGAGCAUUUACAAAUUUACGGACUAUUUGGGCUCUAUGGAUGGGCUAGCUAAUGAGGUGACAAGAGCGAAAAAUGCUACUGAGAGUGUGAAGUCGAUAUUAAGAUCAGAAGAGGAAAGAAUGGACGAAGAUGGAGAAUGCGACAAGGACACAUCGAAAUUAUUCACGUAUGAUGGUGAUAUAAUUGAAUUGCUUCAUCCAUCGACGAAAAAAGGGUUACCGUAUUGGGUUCCACAGCUACCUCCAGAUCACACUUAUCGGAAGACACCUGAUUACCCCAAGAGAACCACAGAUCAAAUUCAAGUGAGGAAAAAAUUGGCAGAGGAGAGUGAAUUGGGUGAAAUGGCAUUGGAUGGCUUAAUGCACGAGGAAGAUGAAUCAAGCAAUAAAGUCGAAUCCCCCAAUGACGAUAACGAAAUAGAGGAUGAUGCCAUCAUCAACGAGGAGCAUAAGGUCAGUGAUAUCUCUGGAGAUGGACAAACACUGACCAUACCUGCAAAGCUACCUUUUGAUAUCGUAGAAUAUGCAAAUAAGAGACUGCAUCAUCUCGAUUCCAAAAAAGUUGAAAAGACCAAACCGCUGAAUACGUUGAUUAGAUUAACUGUGAACGAAUCCCCGUAUGGGGAAGACUUGGAACUAUCGGCGUCUGAAGCUAUUGAUAAACAGUACAACAAGGUACUGAGAAGCUUUAAAGCAUUAAAGAACCGGAAGGAGAUGAGAGCCAUUGAAUUAGCAGAGCUCAGAGAAAAGGCCAAGGUCGAAGCGCAGAAGAAAUCCAGUGAAGUGCUGUUACAACAGAGUGACGAUAAAGACAAUGGCCUUGAAUUAUUUGGGGUUGAAGAUGAUAAUGACGAUGACCUUUUCAAAGACAACAACUUAUUUGAACAGGAUGGAACUAUUAAUACUGCCGAUACUGUUGGUACCAGUGAGAAUGUGAUAGAAAGAGCUGGAAGGGAACCGAUUGUCGAACCAUCUGAGCCGGUUGUUAAGAACAAUACUAGCUUAUCUGAACCUCUUCGGUUGCCAAAUGAAGGUGAUCUUGACAUUGACGAAGACUUUGGAUUACAAGAAGCCACUACAGGGGUACAACCACCAGCCCAGACAACAACCCAAAACUCAGAGAAUACGAUAAAACAAACAAGUCCAGAUUUGCUCCCUUCAAUCCAAGGAGAAGAGCUUCAAGUGGAUGGGGUUUCUAGUGACGAGGAUGACGUAAUGUUCGAAGACGUUUAAUUGGUCUCUAUUUAGUUAAUCAAGGGAAUAUCGACUUGUUUACCUUUUGGUCUGCGUACGCCCAUUAGUUCGUUUCCCCAGUUGCGAAUUUGCGAUGCCGCUACUAAGUCUCUUAUUUUUUUAAGUUUAUUCUCUGUGUUUUCCCUCUGUUUUUGGGUUCCGAGUGAUCGCUUUUGGGCGCC